AUGAUCAGAACUAUCAAACCAAAAACUGCCCGUGCCAAAAGAGAACUUGGAAAGAGGGAUCCAAAGAUUGUAGAGAAUGUCAAGAAUGCCCUUUUUGUACCGGGCAAGUCUUCAAACAAAGUUCUACACGACGUUGUCGUGGACCUCAGUUCCUUGAAGAAGCCAAAUAUGAAAAGGUUCAAUAAAAAAAACGAUAUCCUACCAUUUGAAGACCCUUCCAGUCUUGAAUUCUUCAGUGAAAAGAACGAUAGUUCUUUGCUGGUGCUGAGCUCUCAUAAUAAGAAAAGACCAAACACUUUGACAUGGAUUCGUACCUUUAACUACAAACUAUAUGAUAUGAUCGAGCUCUCUAUAUUGAAUAACUACAAACUUCUGAAUGAAUUCAAGCAAAGCAGAGUUGACGUCGGUAUGAAACCUAUGUUUGUGUUCAAUGGUCCUAUUUUUGAUAGUCAUCCUGUUUACCAACACUUGAAAUCCUUGUUCCUAGAUUUUUACCGUGGUGAAGAGACCAACUUGCUGGACUUAAAAGGUCUCCAACAUGUGAUUAGCAUAAGUGCUGGAGAGAUUGAUGAUGUUGAGGAAUCCAUUUCAAAGUUACCCUUAGUUCAUUUCAGAGUCUAUCGCUUGAAAACCUACAAAUCUCCAGAACCAAAACUUCCACGAGUUGAAUUGGACGAAGUCGGUCCAAGAUUGACCUUUAAAGUUGGUAGAUAUCAAUCACCAGACCCAGAGGUCGAAAAGGAGGCCCUUACUCAACCCAAACAACAGCAACCUAAGGUUAAAAAGAACGUUCAGACUGACAUUAUUGGUGACAAAGUUGCUCAAGUCCAUGUUGGUUCUCAAGAUCUGUCUAAGCUUCAAACUAGAAAGAUGAAGGGUUUAAAGAAAAGAUAUGACCAAGUUGAGGUGGACAAUGGUGACGAAGACUUCGGUAGCAAUAAGAAGGCCAAGACUGAUUGA